CUUAGCUUCUCUCCGGACAUCGAUUUGUGUGGGUAGCCGAAUUAGGAGUGGUUGGAUGCUUUAACAAACAUUGUUUUGGAGGAAUUGGACAGAGUUCCCACAUGUAAGGCUAAGAGGGGCAGCAGCAGGGCUCUGACGAGUCAUGACGGACUUCUGGUUGAUAUCUGUUCCACUGGACAAGACCAGCUUUCAGAGUCUGGAAAAACUCAAAAACACUGUGGCCAAAACUAAUUUGGCUUCCAGUUUCAAGUUCCCCAUCCCAGAGUUAAAGGUUGGUACAUUGGAUAUCCUCCUUGGUGUGUCUGAUGACCUUUCCAGACUGGACACCCAAGCUGAAAGUGUUAUGCGCAAGACAUCCCAGUGUAUGGCACAGGUUAUGGAUCAGUUCAGUGACAAAGUGCUGGAGAAUGCCCUGGCCAAUGGAGUGGAUCUGGUGAGUUAUGUGACAACGUUCCAGUGGGACAGAGCCAAAUACCCCACUGCCCUGCCUCUCAAGAACCUGGCAGACAUCCUCUCCAAGCAAGUAACUCAGGUAGAGACAGAACUGAAAUCUCGGUCUGGGGCAUAUUGCAACGUAAAAGCCAGUCUGGACUGCCUUGAGCGCAAAGCAGAAGGUGGUCUCCAAAUACGCACACUGACAGACAUUUUGAGGAGAGAGGACCUGGUGGACUCACAGUAUCUCACUACUCUGCUGGUGGUGGUGACCAGAGGGAACUAUGUGCAGUGGGAGAGGACCUAUGAAUCCUUGUCAGAAUUUGUGGUGCCUCGAUCCAGCAGGAAAAUAUUUGAGGAGGUAGAGGAAGGGAUUUUCACUGUAACCCUUUUCAAGAAAGCUGUUUAUGAAUUCAAAGCCAAAGCCAAACAGAACAAGUUCAUGGUACGGGAGUUCAGCUUUGACCAGGUUGAGGAGGAGAGACGAGAGAGGAACCGGCUUAGUGUGGACAAGAAGGAACAAUAUGGAAUCUUUGUGCGUUGGCUGAAGGUAAACUUCAGUGAGGUAUUUGUUGCCUGGAUCCAUGUCAAAGCUCUAAGGGUAUUUGUGGAAUCUGUUCUCAGGUAUGGUCUGCCUGUUAGCUUCCAGGCCUUGCUGCUGCAGCCGGGCAAAAAACGUACAAAGAAACUGAGGGAGGAACUGGGUUCCCUUUUCACACAUCUGGACCCAGCAGCAGCGGCCAGCAAGCUUGACGUAAGAGGCCUCUCCUUUAGCAAGCUUUGGAAUGCUCUCCCUUAUCAUGUUGGUGUUGAUAUCCCAGGAGUAAGUGUGGGUCAACAGGAGUACUUCUCCUACAUCUGCUUCCAGAUCAGCGUCAAACUCGUUGACCCCAGUUAAUAGCCAAUGAGGACCCUCGGAGCCUCUAAGAAGGCCCAAUCAUGUUAGCUGUUCGUUUCUCAUAGUUCUCUUGCACUCUCUGGGCUGUUCAUUGUAUUUUAGCACCUGGGAGUGUGUGGAAACAGAAGUGUAGUCAAAGUUUACAUUCCGACUGGAGUGAAUGUUGAGCAGACGGGACAAAUGUUUGAGACAACCUCAUGCAUCAGUAUGGAGUAACAAGCGUAAUUUGCAACUAUCAAGAGGUUGGAAGGGGGGUUCUCCUUGCAUGCAGGGAAGGUUGCAUGCAAAGAAGAGGAUUAUUAGGGACGAACAGCUAACCUGAGGUUGAGCCCUCCAGGAGAUAAUGGUUUGGAAAGCAACUUUUCAGGCUGCAUAUGGACCUGAAUAAAGCCUGGGCACAAAUAUGUCUUCAAGCUCUCUGUAUUGUCAGUAAGAAGAAGUUAAUCAUAUUCAACAUUCUGUAAAUCAGUGGCUGAGGAUGUAGGCAGAGGUUUAUUUUCGACUUCAUGGAUGUCCAUUUUGUUCAUGUCAAGAUGGAAACAAACACAGAAGAUCAUUUUUAAGAACUCUGGUCUACACCCUCUUGCUUUCAAUACCUCAAUGAUUUUGAAAUUGUACAUUUCCGUUUAUGAAAUGUAUUAUCAUAAUUAUUAUAUUGGUUGGCUUCACUUGUAAGGAGCAAGUCUAUGCAUGUGCACUGCUGCAUGUAUACAAUGUAUUGUACCAGGUCAGGGUUUUAAAGGUUGGAACUUACAGAACAGGGGUAGAACAGUCAUAAACUGUAAUCUCACACUAUGUUAACAGGUGGACCUGUUGAGUAGAUUUUUUUUAAACUUUUUCGUGUCAUGCUGAUUUUUGUUUUUUGGAUGGUCGGCAAUGAAUGUGUUUUUUGUAUGGAAAGAUGUUUGAUGUCCUUAAAAUGGAAAUAAAGU